ACCGAAAAACACAUAGUUUACUCAAAGAGCUUAAACAAAAGGGAGAUCUGAGAACACAAAAUAAUCAUGGCCGUCGUGUUUAAUCGGACUGCCAUUCUCCUCCUUCUCGUUGCCGCUUCUUUUUGUCGGAGCUCCUCCGCCGCCACUUAUACCGUCGGCGACGCCUUGGGUUGGACUGUCCCGCCCAAUCCGACCAUCUACUCCCAUUGGGCUUCUACAAAAACUUUUGUGGUCGGAGACAUCCUUGUUUUCAACUUUGCAAGCGGACGACACGACGUAACAGAAGUGACAAAAAGUGCUUCCGAUUCUUGCAAUAGCACCAACCCCAUCUCCGUGGCGAACAACAGUCCGGCGAGGAUCACACUCACUUCUGCCGGCGACCACCACUUCAUCUGCUCCUUCCCCGGCCAUUGCAGCAAUGGCCAAACGUUGUCCAUCACCGUUAGAUCAACAUCAUCUUCUCCCGCACCGCAACCUAGUUCUCGGCCGUCACCCUCUCCCUCUCCCUCUCUCGCCCCCGAGCCCUCCUCUUCCACUCCAUCGCCUUCUCCGUCACCUAGUUCUACUCCAUCGUCGUCACCUGUUCCAUCGCCCGCUCCAUCUCGAGAACCCAUGACGUACGUCGUCGGAGACUCGUUUGGAUGGAACGUCCCUACAAGCCCCAACUUCUAUGACUCCUGGGCUCAGGGCAAAACCUUCGUCGUCGGAGAUGUUCUUGAAUUCAACUUCGCGAUUCAAAGACACGACGUGGCGAAGGUCACAAAGGACAAUUACGACAGCUGCAGCGGUCAAUCCCCGAUCUCUUUUUCCACCAGCCCACCAGUCAAAAUCACUCUCUCCGAGCCCGGGGAGCAUUUCUUCAUCUGCACAUUCGCUGGCCACUGCAGUGUGGGUCAGAAACUCGCCAUCAACGUCACCGACGGUACCGCCACACCUCCGUCCUCAAUUGCUUUGCCUCCAUCUGACACCGUCCCUUCAACUCCGUCUCCGACCACCGCUCCUCCUCCACCUCCCAACGCUGCCGCAUCGCUCCAAGCCUCCGCCUUCUUCGCCACUCUUCUCGCCGUCGCCGUGGCGUUAAUUAAUUAAUUCGGGUCCGACAUUUUCGCAAGGAGUUCUUUUUUAUUUUUUUAGUCUCCGUAUAGAUUAGUAUUUUUUUUUGUUUUUUUUAAAAAAGAAGAAUAAUAAAACUAUAGAGCUUUUGUUCAUUUUGUA